UACUAAAGAAUGAAAAUGAGAUUCCCUCACCACUCGAAAAGCCCCGCUUCUGACUUCUUGUCGAAGCCAACAAUCGGGUAUAAAAGGCCGCUCCUCAUAGACCCAAAUCAGAAGCUUCUUCUCCUCCAUAGGACUAGGACCACCACCAUGCUGCGUGCCUGCAUCGUCCUCGCCUUGGCUGCCAGUGCCUUCGCUGGUCACGUUGGUCACGCUGUCGGUGGCUACACCCUCGCCAGCAACCUCGGCUAUGGCCUUGGCUACGGAAGCCUCGGCUAUUCCGGUCUCGGCUACGGUGGCCUUGGUCUCUCCCAUUACGGCCUCUCCCACGGAGUUGGCUACUCCGGCCUGACCGGCUACGGUGCUGGCUACGGAUACGGAUACGCCCCAGCCGCUAGCUACGCCGUGUCUGCUCCAGCUGUUGCCCACUCUGUCUCCACCUACCACGCUGCUCCAGCCGUGACCGCUGUCCACGCUGCUCCAGCUGUCGCCACCUACGCUGCUGCCCCAGCUGUCACCAGGGUUGUCCAGUCCGCUCCAGCUGUCACUUACGCUGCCGCUCCAGCUGUCACCAGGGUCGUCCAGUCUGCUCCAGCAGUCACCAGGGUGGUCCAGUCCGCUCCUCUUGUCCAGACCUACGCUGCUGCCCCAGCUGUCACCAGGGUGGUCCAGUCCGCUCCAGCUGUCACUUACGCUGCCGCUCCAGCUGUCACCAGGGUAGUCCAGUCUGCUCCAGCUGUCACCAGGGUGGUCCAGUCCGCUCCUCUUGUCCAGACCUACGCUGCUGCCCCAGCUGUCACCAGGGUGGUCCAGUCCACUCCAGUUGUCCAGACCUAUGCUGCCCCCGCAGUGACCAAGGUUGUCCAGUCCACUCCAGUUGUCCAGACCUACGCUGCCCCCGCAGUGACCAAGGUUGUCCAGUCCACUCCAGUUGUCCAGACCUACGCUGCCCCCGCAGUGACCAAGGUUGUCCAGUCCGCUCCUCUUGUCCAGACCUACGCUGCUGCUCCAGCUGUCCAUACCGUCCACGCUGCCCCAGCCGUGACCGCUGUUCACGCUGCUCCAGCCUUCGCUACCGUCCACGCUGCCCCAGCUGUGACCACCGUCGCCCACGCUGCCCCAGCCGUCGCUACCUACAGCGUUGCUCACGCUGCCCCAGCCGUCGCCACCUACGGUGUUGCUCACGCCGCCCCAGCCUACUACGGCUACGGCGUUGGCUCCCUCGGCUACGGUGCCGGCAGCUAUGGUUACGGCCACGGUCUCCUCGGCUACGGCCUGAACUACGGCUACGGCCUUGGCUCUCCUCUCAGCUACUCCACCCUCCUCCGCAAGAAGAAGUAAAUCCUCUUUUUCUUGGAACUUGGACCCCACACAAACCACACAGUCAUGGACAACCAAAUUUUCUGGUUUCAAUGACGCGCAAUCAUUGUUAUCGCAAAAUAAACUGUUUGUCUGAA